CCGCCUCCAGCAGCAGCAGCCCCCUCAGGGCGCGCCGCGCCAUGGCCGGGGCUCGGCGCCUUCCGCCGCCCGCAGCGCUGCGCAGGCGCCGCCGCCCCUCGGCCUCACGGCCCCGUCAUGGCCGCGCGGCAGCGGGCGUUGCAAAACAGGAGCUGUGUGAAAAUCUCCUCCAGAAAGGUCAGCUGGGAUCCUGUUUUGAUCCUGCAGUCACCUGGAACAAACACGUUGGAGAUAAGAGUUCUGUGAUCAUAAUAUAUGAAGACCUGAAAGGGAACCUGGCUUCCGGUGUAAAGCAGAUAGCUGCAUUCUUUGGAUUCUCACCAACAGCUGAGCAGCUCCAGGCCAUUGCUGGAAGGCACACUUUUCAGCCAGCGAGUGUUAAAGCUCAGGAGACUCAUGGUGCUGUUGGCUUGAUUCUUUUCCAUAAAGACAGCUAUUGGAACAACUUCUGCAGAUGUGGUGAGAUGUUAUGGAGUCUGGGCUUCUGUGCACCUCGAUCCCUGCAAAACCAGGCCCCACUGCACCCCACAUCUGCCCUGCUGCCCCCUGAAGCAGUGCCAGGCAUAGUGUCUUGGGUACCGGAGCUACUGAGAUGCUACAGCAGUUUUAUGGUGACCUUAGAGAGACAAAAGGAGCUUGAAAAGAAGCACAUUGAAUGUUUGCUGAGUGGUUUGCACAUAGACAUGAACAAGCUAGCCAGAUGGAGGAAUCAAACCUGUGUCUCCCAAGGCGGAACAGAAGUGCCAAGUUGUGGACUCCUGUGAUAAAAAGAGGCUACUCUCCCGUUGAAACUACUUCACAGUCAAAAUUAGUUGGGCAAGACAGAGACUGUGACUGACUGGGCCA